AUGUCAAAAAUUCUUAAAUUGGCUCUUCUUAUUGCCGAUACACCACUUCCUAAAGUUGUAAAACUAUAUGGAGACUAUUACGUUCAAUUCUCAAAAUUUUUACAAAGAGCCGCUGAUUCUAGCAAGGAACCAAUUAGUCUAGAUAUACAACCUUUUGAUGCGACGAAAAUGGAAUAUCCGAAUAAACAAGAAUUACUUGAAAUCAAUGGAAUACUUAUUACUGGGUCUGCUGCAUCAGCAUAUGAAGAUAUUCCUUGGAUUAAUCGUCUAAUUGAGUUUAUGGGUUCAAUUAUAAACGAAUAUCCAAAGAUUAGGAUUGUUGGGAUUUGCUUUGGACAUCAGAUUAUUGCCAGAGCGAUGGGUGGUCAAGUUAUUAUGAACCCUUUAGGUUGGGAGGUUGCAGUUACGGAAUUUUCUUUAACAGAUACCGGAAAGAAAUUUUUCAAGACAAAUAGGAAAGCAUUGCGUCUUCAAGAAAUGCAUCGGGAUUAUGUUUCGAGUAUUCCUCCCAACUUUUCAAAUAUUGGGUUUACUAAAGUAUGCGCCAUUCAAGGGAUGGUUAAAGAUGAUCAUGUGCUUACAAUUCAGGCUCAUCCAGAAUUUGUAAGUGAUGUAGUUAAAGAGAUUAUUAAAGCACGUCAGGAAAAACGAAUCUUUACUCCUGAACUUGCGCAAAAGUUUUUGUUGGCAGCAGAUUAUGAUGAUGAUAGCACAUGGAUAGGUCAAAAAUGUGUGGAGUUUUUGACAGGUGAUGGUGAUGAAAACGAAAAAUCCUCUUCUAGAUCAAGUAAAGAGAACAAUUAUGGUCCAACUUUAGUGAUUCAUGGUGGCGCAGGAACCAUUGCUCGUAAAGAUUUUUCUGAAAAAUUACAAAAUGAAUAUCUUGAUGCAUUAAAAGAAUCUUUAUUUGCUGGUUAUAAAAUCUUAUUAAAUGGAGGAAAUUCGAUGGACGCCGUAGAAGUCGCAGUUAGAGUAAUGGAAGAUUGUCCUCUUUUUAACGCCGGUAAAGGGUCAGUCUUUACGAUUGGCGGAAAGAAUGAACUUGAAUCUUCAUUUAUGAUCGGAACUUCUGAUCACCCAGCUGGCGCAAGCACUUUAUUACAUACAGUAAAAAAUCCAAUCACUUUAGCUAAAACUCUUUUACUUGAUCCGGAGAAUCCACAUGUAUUUCUUGGUGGUAUAGAAGCUGAAGAAUAUGCUAAAACGAAAGGACUAGAAAUUGUUGAUCCCGGUUAUUUUUGGACAAAAGGAAGAUGGCAACAACAUUUGGAAGAGUUGAACAAGGGUAACAAUGAAGUGGAUUCACUAUAUCCUAUGGGAACUGUUGGGGCCGUUGCUGUUGAUAAAAACGGCAUUAUUGCUACGGCUACCUCUACGGGUGGCAUGAAUAAUAAAAAAGAUGGUCGAAUUGGGGAUACUCCGUUAAUAGGAUGUGGCACUUGGGCAGAUAAUGAAACAUGUGGUGUUAGUGGCACCGGUAAUGGAGAGUUUUUUAUUAGAUAUGGUAUUGCUCAAGAUGUAUCUUCCAGAAUGCGUUACCUUGGUGAGAAUGUAAAUGAAGCAGCUAAUGCUGUUAUAGAAAAUAUGAGAAAGGUUGGAGGAGGUGGUGGUGUAAUUGCGUUAGAUAAAUAUGGUCAUGUUGCUAUGCCAUUUAAUACAACUGGAAUGUACAGAGGUUAUAUUAGAGUUUCCGAAAGUAUACCAUAUGUUUUUAUUUUUUAA